CUUAUCUAGUGAAUAUAUUCAAUGACCUUUACACAUGUCUGCCAAAGUAAUUAUGAAAGAUCUAGAUGUUUGAUCACUUUUGAAAAAAACAAAAGAGAAAAAGUCAUGGUAAAUGUUACAAAAGGAAUUUUAGUUGAAUGUGAUGCAGCUAUGAAGCAAUUUCUUUUACAUUUAGACGAGACAUUUGCUUUAGGACGAAAGUUUAUUAUUCAAGAUCUGGAUGAGAGACAUUUAUUUAUCUCUGCUGAUAUUUUGGACAUCUUACAAUCAAAAGUGGAUGAUCUUAUGGAUCAAAUUUCAUUUCCCCUAGCAGAGAAAGGGAUAUAAAGACUAACAAAGAAUAUCUUAUUUGUAAUUAAUUAGAAUAUAAUAUAAAAGAUUGUCAUUUAUUGUAAAUUAAUCAAAUAUGGCCGCACGAGAAUCUGGUAGAAUAAAAGAUGCAUAUCAAAAGAGAGUGCUUGAUGAAGCUGCUCGUAAACGCAGGCAAAAGAAAGCAUUGGAGGCUUUGGAACAAGA